AAUCUGGCCUUGGUGUCUGAUCUCUUCAGAAGUGGCUCAGUCAGGUGUGGUAGCUCAUGCUUAUACUCACAGUGCUCAAGUGACUGAGGCAGGGGAAUUUCUGUGAGUUCUAGGGCAGACUGGGAUAUUGAGUCAUACCCUUUCUCAAACAAACAAAAACAGAAGUGGCCUGGAGGAUCAGACAUUGUCUCCCUGCUCAACAGUUCUCAGCAAUGACCUUAGGGAGGUCCUCCCUCACAGUACGGAAGGAAACAUGACUUGGGUUUCAGGAAAGAUAAAGGGAAGAGUGAGACAACUCUGGAGUAAGCUGCAGGGGAAUUUCAACAGAGAAGCUCGGACUUUAAUAGCCAAGAUAAAAUUAGUGGACUGGCUGGAGGUGAGGAAGGAAGUGGCUAACGUUGGGUAACUAGGGAGUUUCUUAUUCUUUCAGUCUAACAUGGUAGGAGGCAUUAUAUGCCCAGCUGGAAGCCUGGCUGCUCCCCAGAAAGCCUGACUGCCCCAAGGAAGGCCUGUUCUUUAGGUGAACUGGACUUUUUGUUUACUGAAGACAAGUGUGAAAACUGGGAACCUCAGUCUCCAUCAUGUGGAACACCUCGGAUGUCAACUUCUCCUGUUACCAUGAGUCCGUGUUGGGCUAUCGUUACUUUGCAGUUAUCUGGGGCGUGGUAGUGGCUGUGACAGGCACCGUGGGCAAUGUGCUCACCCUGCUGGCAUUGGUCAUCCGUCCUAAGCUCCGAACCCGCUUCAACCUGCUCAUUGCCAACCUCACCCUGGCUGAUCUACUCUAUUGCACGCUCCUGCAGCCUUUCUCCGUGGACACAUACCUCCACCUCCACUGGCGCACAGGCGCCAUCUUCUGCAGAAUAUUUGGGCUCCUCCUCUUUACUUCCAAUUCUGUCUCCAUUCUCACCCUCUGUCUCAUUGCUCUAGGACGCUACCUCCUCAUUGCCCACCCUAAGCUCUUUCCCCGGGUUUUCAGUGCCAAAGGAAUUGUGCUGGCACUGGUGGGCAGCUGGAUUGUGGGGGUGGCAAGCUUUGCCCCACUCUGGCGUGUGUUUGUCUUGGUGCCGGUGGUCUGCACCUGUAGCUUUGACCGCAUACGAGGCCGGCCUUACACCACCAUCCUCAUGGGCAUCUUCUUUGUGCUCGGACUCAGCAGUGUGGGUGUCUUCUACUGCCUCAUCCACCGCCAAGUGAAGCGUGCGGCUCGAGCGCUAGACCAGUACGGGCUGCAGCGGGCCAACAUCCGCUCUCAUCAGGUGGCCGGGACAAAUGAGGCCAUGCCUGGCCACUUCCAGGAGCUAGACAGCGGGCUUGCCUCAAGAGGGCCCAGCGAGGGGAUUUCAUCUGAGCCAGCCAGUGCUUCGACCACGCAGACCCUGGAAGGGGACUCCUCAGAAGCGCGGGUCCAGGACACUAAAAAGACAGCCCAGCAUAUUGCAGAGAGAGGCCUUCCUGAAGCGCAUUGCAGGGGCCGGGAAGCUGCAGGAGCGCGCAGAGCCCCGGAUGCCCCAUCGGACUUCGGGAAGGUGACGCGCAUGUGCUUCGCGGUGUUCCUCUGCUUCGUCCUCAGUUACAUCCCCUUCAUGCUGCUCAACAUUUUGGACGCCAGGGGCCGCGCUCCGCGGGUAGUGCACAUGGUGGCUGCCAACCUCACCUGGCUCAACAGCUGCAUCAACCCCGUGCUCUAUGCAGCCAUGAACCGCCAGUUCCGCCACGCAUAUGGCUUCAUUCUGAAACGCGGUCCACAGAGUUUCCGUCGGUUCCGUUAGAGCUGGUAGUUCAUUCACCAGCCCAGGCCAGCAUCAGGAGUGGCCCGCGUGGGCAGGACAGGAGACAUUUUCACAGACCACCUCAGUGGUGUUGGGAUACACCGUUUCCCCAUCCAGGAAUCAAUGUGUCAGCCCUGUGUGAACCAAGGUCAA